AUGCGAACGGCAUUAGAACAGCGCCAGAACUGCCAAAAAAAACUAAUUUCCGCGGACGUGGAAGCAACCUUUUGUUUUGCUAUGCUAAUUAGUAGUUAUUAGUUUGUUCAACCCAGAUCGGAUGGACGUUUGAGUGAAUAAUACUUUUCACCAGGUGAGAGCAAGGUUCUGGAGGGAAAAACACGUAUAGAAGACAACCCAGCAAACACCGCAAAACACCUGAGCUAACAAUCCACUAUCACCAGUAUUCCGCGGCAUUGUACCACUUUUAAUGGUUCACAUAUUCACCCGUAGAGCGGACACGUAGCCACGGAUUUCCGGCAAAUAUGCGGCGACCCAAUCUCAAGUGGAUAGUGAAGGCCUCGCUGCUUCUGUUGGUCUCUGUGACACUCUUUAUACUGAUAACCAGUUGGAUCUCCUCCAGCCCGUAUACCAAUAAACCCGUCCAUCAUGGAGGCGUGGAACCUUUGCCCGAAAAGGCUGGCCUUUCCGGCGAUAUUCAGUUAAGGGUGCCAGCUAUUAGACAACCAGAGCCUAAGAAACAACCGGAACCCGACUCUGAAGAGGAUCCUGAGCAGCAGAAGGUCGAUGAGCCGGAACCAGACGAUCAGGAUGUCCACAAUCCAAGACCUGCGAACGAUGAGCCUGGGCAGCAGCCCCAGGAGGAGCUGCAGAUGGCUCCGCCAGCCGAUGCGUCGGUGAAGAAGGAUUGGCACGACUACACAGCCAUGGAAAAGGAUGCCAAACGAGUGGGUCUCGGGGAGAGGGGGAAGGCCGCCUCGCUGGACGAUGAAUCCCAGCGAGAUUUGGAGAAACAAAUGUCCCUGGACAAUGGAUUUAAUGCCCUGCUUUCGGACUCUAUAUCGGUCAACCGCUCCCUGCCCGACAUCCGCCACCCUCUCUGUCGCAAGAAGGAGUAUGUCGCCAAGUUACCCACUGUCAGUGUAAUCAUCAUUUUCUACAACGAAUACUUGAGCGUGCUGAUGCGCUCAGUUCACAGCCUCAUCAACCGCUCGCCGCCGGAACUGCUCAAGGAAAUAAUCCUGGUGGACGAUCACAGCGAUCGAGAUUAUUUGGGUCACGAUCUGGAGACCUACAUUAAGGAACACUUCAAGUGGGUCCGCGUGGUGAGAUUGCCAAAGCGCACGGGCUUGAUAGGAGCCCGAGCGGCUGGAGCUAGGAAUGCCACUGCCGAGGUGCUCAUCUUCCUGGACUCGCACGUGGAGGCCAACUACAACUGGUUGCCACCGUUGUUGGAACCCAUUGCCCUGAACAAGAGGACGGCGGUGUGUCCCUUCAUCGAUGUGAUUGAUCACUCCAACUUCAACUACCGAGCGCAGGAUGAAGGAGCCCGAGGAGCCUUCGACUGGGAGUUCUUCUACAAGCGGUUGCCCCUGUUGGAGGAGGAUCUUAAGCACCCGGCCGAUCCCUUUAAGAGCCCUGUAAUGGCUGGCGGUCUCUUUGCCAUUUCCUCGGAGUUCUUCUGGGAACUGGGCGGCUACGAUGAGGGUCUGGACAUCUGGGGCGGCGAGCAGUACGAGCUGAGCUUCAAGAUCUGGAUGUGCGGCGGCGAGAUGUAUGACGCUCCCUGCUCUCGCAUUGGUCAUAUAUAUCGAGGACCUCGCAACCAUCAGCCGAGUCCAAGGAAGGGCGACUAUCUGCACAAGAACUACAAACGCGUGGCUGAGGUUUGGAUGGACGAGUACAAGAACUACCUGUACAACCACGGCGAUGGACUUUACGAGAGUGUGGACCCUGGAGACCUGACCGCGCAGAAGGCGAUCCGCACCAAGUUGAAGUGCAAGUCCUUCAAGUGGUUCAUGGAGGAGGUGGCCUUCGACCUGAUGAAAACCUAUCCGCCGAUAGAUCCGCCGGCAUAUGCUCUUGGUGCCAUCCAGAAUGUGGGGAAUCAGAAUCUUUGCCUGGACACGAUGGGCAGAAAGAAGCACAACAAGAUGGGCAUGUACGCGUGUGCCAACGAUAUAAAGAUCCCGCAGAAAACGCAAUUUUGGGAGCUGAGCUGGAAACGAGACUUGCGGCUGCGUCGAAAGAAGGAGUGCCUUGACGUCCAGAUCUGGGAUGCCAAUGCGCCCGUUUGGCUGUGGGAUUGCCACAACCAGGGUGGCAACCAGUACUGGUACUACGACUACCACAAGAAGCUGCUCAAGCACGGCUCGGAGGGGAGAAGAUGCUUGGAGCUGCUGCCCUUCACGCAGGAGGUGGUGGCCAACAAAUGCGACCCAAGCAAUCGCUUCCAGCACUGGAACUUUGGCUCCUUCAAUCAAACCGCACUGGACAACUACUCGCAGGACCUAGUCCUCAGCCUUUAACCGCUGCACAGCGAUAUCACUUGCCAUGUACUUAAAAAGCUUCGAUGUAAAUAACUAGGCUAGAUAGGUUGUACGGCCAUUGGGCUAAUUUACAAUUUACCCCGACUCAAGCGCACAUUUCCAUAGCUAUAUUAAGGACUUCAAAUGUAUCUUUAUAAAUAGUGCAUCUCAAAGUAAUUCCCUUUGCGACAAAAAUGAUUUGUGACAAAGUUUUGGAAUUUUGUUUGGUUUUAAACAAAGUUCUGAGUAAACAAUUUAUUAAAGGUAAAUUAAUAGUGAACGUAAGCAUUAAAAUUGUCUUGGGUUUUGUGAUCCAGAAAAUUUGUAUUCCAAUAAUUUUUAAAAUAACAUUGGGCUAGGUAGAUACUUUACUAAAGUGUUACCCCCACAAACCCAUUUCUAAAGCGUAAAAGAAAAAAGCAGUAUGGCGAUUUUAA